GCAGUACUCGUGAAGUCGAAAAUAUGAUGGUCCCAAAACAUUUUAGUUCGCUUCGCUACCUGAUUUAUAUUUGUAUAACAUUCAAUCUUGUAGCUGCAAAGGAAGAAGUUUUUAAUAGAAAAUUCCCAGAUGACUUCGAAUUUGGCGCAGCUACUUCAGCGUACCAAAUUGAAGGUGCUUGGAAUAUAGACGGAAAAGGUGAAAGCAUUUGGGAUACUUACGUUCACAGAGUACCGUCCCCAAUUAAAAAUGGAGAUACUGGAGAUGUUGCAUGUGAUAGUUAUUACAAAUACAAAGAGGAUGUCAGACUUGCUGCCGAACUUGGUAUAAAACUGUACAGAUUUUCGAUAUCUUGGCCAAGGGUACUACCUACUGGAAAAUCUGACAAUAUCAGUGAAACGGGUCUCAAUUACUAUAAAGAUCUAGUUAAAGAAAUUCGUAAAUACGGCAUGCUUCCGGUUGCCACUAUCUACCACUGGGACCUACCUCAGAGUCUAUACGAUCAAGGUAUUCAAUGGAGUAAUGUUAGUUUGAUACCCUAUAUUGUAGAUUAUGCUAGAGUUGUUAUAAGAAACUUACCUGACGUUUCAUAUUGGAUAACCAUCAAUGAGCCAAAACAAGUUUGCCGUGUAGGAUACGGCAGUACUUAUCUAGCGCCUGGUUUAAACAGCAGUGGUCUCUUAGAAUACGAUUGUGCAUAUGUACUUCUUAAAUCUCAUGCUGCUAUGUAUCGCAUGUAUAAAAAGGAGUUUCCCGAUUAUAAAGCUCCAAUGUCCAUAGUCAUAGAUUGUCAAUGGAUAGAGGCUCUAACAAAUUCACCUAAGGAUAGAGAAGCUGCUGAACGACAAAGGCAAUUUGAAUGUGGCUUGUACUUCAAUCCCGUCUUCAAUGGUGACUGGCCACAAGUAGUAAAAGACAGAAUAGCUUAUAGAAGCGAGAAAGCUAACUUAACGAAAUCCAGACUUCCAUCUUUCACUGCAGAAGAAAUAGAAGAAAUAAAAGGAACACAUGAUUUUCUGGGAUUAAAUCAUUAUUAUACGAUGUUAGCUAGGGAGGAAGCAGAAGAAGCACCAUUUAAUGAAACUAGUUGGGAAAAUGACGUUGGAACUGUUGACUCAUUCGAUCCAAACUGGGUUGUAGAAUCAAAUGGAUUAUUUGUGAUCGUUCCUAGUGGUGUUUUAAAAGUUUUAAGAUGGAUUAAAAAGUCAUAUGGAAACCAAAAAAUUAUAAUAACUGAAAUAGGAAUGAGCGAUAAUGGUACUUACCUCAAUGAUCAAGAUAGAAUCGAUUUUUACACAGAAUAUUUCUGCAACAUCCUUGAGGCCAUGGAUGAAGGAGUUGACGUUAGAGUAAUCACAUACUGGAGUUUAAUGGAUAAUUUUGAAUGGACCAGUGGUUACAGUGCUCACUUUGGGAUAUACCAUGUUGAUUUUAAAGAUUCAAACAGAACCAGAACGCCUAAAGAAUCGGUAGGAUUUGUUCAAAAGUUAGCAAGAGAUAAAAAGCUCUCCUGCGGUAAUCCAAGUAAAUACAGAUCAGUCCCAGUGGCGCUUCCGAAAUGGACCCAAAUCAUAAGGUUUCUUUGUGGAAUAAUGGCGUUGGAAAUAAACAACACAAAGAUCGAACAACAAAAAGUCCUUUAGGCCAUAAAUACGGCGCUGGACGUAGACACAGAGGCUGUUAAAGUAGAAGAUCCUAGCAGUAUUUUUGAAGUAUUACAGAUUCUUAAUUGUUUCUUUAUUUUCUGUUCCAAAAUAUUAUUAGUUAUUAUUAAAAAUUAAUAAAUGAUUGA